CAAAACGGUGGCUCUAGUCAGCCUGAUAGAAACGACUUGGGGUACAGGCCCUAAGUCAGGUACGCUGCUGUCCAAGAGCCUGACUGGUAGAUAGAGAUGCGAAAGGGGCACAGGGCUCUCUAGGUAUGCAGGAGGCAGCAAGAAUGACAGUUCCAGGGGUUCUACGUGGAAGGAAGAGGAGGCCAGGAGGAGGGGACUUCAGGUCAGAUUGAGGGGGCAUGCGCCAUCCGGAGGAGGAGACUGUCGAUGUAAUUAUGAAAGUCCAAGUCCUAGCUGCUUUUACAUUGCCCUAGUGUACAACCUCAGGCCCUGCAGACUGCACAUCUGAGGACCCCUGCCUGCCCUGUCUGGCUUCUCUGAAUCUAAUAAGGGAGAGGAUGCAUAUGGAAAAAGAACACGGAACAGAGAUAGAGAGGAAAAAAAAGCACCAAGGUCCAAGUUCAGAGAGCCCUGGUAAUUUUAACUUGCAACUCACCUAAGAAGAGCCUAACGGUCGCAAGAGUAUGCAGGAAGGCCCCAACCCGACCCUGCCCAGUACGCAGCACCCAAGGGCGGCUGGAAGCGCAAUGCGCGUGCCGAGUACAGCGCUAUUCAGUCCGCAGGCUUUUUGAGGAUUUCAGUUUCAAAGAACGGUCGGCUUCGGGGCGGACUUUGCUUCAGUCCCAGGCCUCGGGAGGCAGCGGGGAGACAGACUGGGACACCGAGCAUGCAGAAGGGGAGGAGUCUUGAAAUAGACGGAAAGCGAGAAGGCUCCCCACCUGGCCAGACUUGCUGGGCGAAGUGAGAAGCACUGAGGCCUGAGGAGGCUCCACGCGUGCGCAAAGGGCCGCUCGCUGUGAUUACUCGGGUGGCGAUAGUCAUGAUGAUGCCGCUGCCCCGCCUGCGCCUAAAGGGAAACCCUAGGGGAGGCGGAGGCCAGUGGGGAUUUUUCAAGCCAGGUGGUCCCCUUCAUCCACGACGGACAGGAAGGGCGACCUCCCGAGGCCACUUCCAGGUCUUGCGACCGGAGCAGAGUUACCACAGAGACGCUCCUCCCGAGGCCUCACGCGUCGGAAGGUUCUGUCUCCUGGAUUCUGGCUGACUGACGCGUCCCCAGAGCAGGUUCUCGGUAGCAGCCGACACGCCCCACUCCGGGCACAGCGAGAUCUGAGGACCACGCUAAGGCGUCCUUUCCGCCCUGAUUCGCGGCCGCUAUGGAAGGGGCGGAGCCGCAGCGGAGGGCGCGCCGCUUGGACGUCACUUCCGGUGAGCCCGGCAGCGACCACGGCAACAUGGCCCUGAACGGAGCUGAAGUCGACGACUUCUCCUGGGAGCCCCCGACUGAGGCGGAGACGAAGGUGCUGCAGGCGCGACGGGAGCGGCAAGAUCGCAUCUCCCGGCUCAUGGGCGACUAUCUGCUGCGCGGUUACCGCAUGCUGGGCGAGACGUGCGCGGACUGCGGGACGAUUCUCCUCCAAGACAAACAGCGGAAAAUCUACUGCGUGGCUUGUCAGGAACUCGACUCAGACGUGGAUAAAGAUAAUCCCGCUCUGAAUGCCCAGGCUGCCCUCUCCCAAGCUCGGGAGCACCAGCUGGCCUCUGCCUCAGAGCUGUCCUUGGGCUCUCGACCUGUGCCCCAGCCCCCAGUACCUCGUCCGGAGCAUUGUGAGGGAGCUGCAGCAGGACUCAAGGCAGCCCAGGGGCCACCCACUCCUGCUGUGCCUCCAAAUACAGAUGUCAUGGCCUGCACACAGACAGCCCUCUUGCAGAAGCUGACCUGGGCCUCUGCUGAACUGGGCUCUAGCACCUCCCUGGAGACUAGCAUCCAGCUGUGUGGCCUUAUCCGCGCAUGUGCGGAGGCCCUGCGCAGCCUGCAGCAGCUGCAGCACUAAGAGAAGCCCCUGAGCAAAACCCUCUAGAAAAACA